CCGAGGAGAGUGAGAAGACCAAACUUUGAGAAGUUCGGAGCAGCCUCGCGGCGACUUGUGUGCUGCUGCCUGGCCUGCCGGCGGGGACGAGCGCGUUUACCCUGGCCGUACGAAGUAGCGGGCGCGUGGCGGGCGGGAACGCGCACAGGACCUAAGGACGGUAAAGUUUGGAAGGAGUAGAAGAAGAAGAAGGAUCAACGGAAAGCGUUCCAAACGUUUGCAGACGGAUUGUAUUUGCACGUGCGGUGGAGCGACGUGGAAUGAGUGGAGCCGCGCGUGAGCGGCACUGAGCGCGCGACCUGGCCCCUGGGAUAAAGAUAAACAGCGGGAGACAGACAUGGAGAACUUCUUCCAAGAGGGCGAGCGCGUUUGGCUGCGCGAAGAUGACCAGAAUCUUCCUGCCUCUGUUUCCUCCUGCUCGGGCGGCGUGGUGGUCUUCACCAGCGACUAUGGACAGGUGUACACGUAUAAGCAGAACGCACUGACCCAUGACAAGGUCCGGGCCAUGCGCGGCGGUGGCAGCGCCGCGUCGGGCAUUGAGGACAUGGCGGCACUGGAGGAUCUGCACGAUGGCGCCAUCAUGCACAACCUGUUCCUGCGAUACCGCCAAAGAUGCAUCUACACAUACAUUGGGUCAAUCCUGGCGGCAGUGAACCCCUACCAGCCGCUGGCCGGCUUGUAUGAGCGCAGCGCGGUGGAAUUGUACAGUCGCCACCAUCUGGGCCAGAUGCCGCCGCACAUCUUUGCCGUAGCCAACGAGUGUUACCGCGCACUAUGGAGGAGGCCGCGCAACCAGUGCGUGCUCAUCAGUGGCGAGAGCGGCGCCGGCAAGACUGAAAGCACUAAACUGAUUCUGAAGUUCUUGUCGGCCAUGAGCCAACAUUCACUUGAAGUGUCGUCUAAGGAGAGGACCUCGCACGUUGAGGAGGCACUACUGGAGAGCGGCCCCAUCAUGGAGGCGUUUGGUAACGCACAGACGGUCUACAACAACAACUCGAGCCGUUUCGGGAAGUUCGUUCAGCUGCAUUUCAACCAAAAAGGAAACAUCCAAGGAGGACGCAUCGUCGACUACCUCUUGGAGAAGAACCGAGUAGUCCGACAGAACGCGGGCGAGAGGAAUUAUCACAUCUUCUAUGCUCUACUAGCAGGCGCCGACCAAGAGCAGACAGAGUGUUUGGGUCUGAGCCCAUCUUGCACGUACCACUACCUGACCCGCUCCGGCGGCACCCCCGACAACGCAAUCAAUGACAAAGGCACUUUUCAAGAGGUUCUGUAUGCCAUGCGGACGAUGCAGUUCACAGAGGAGAACAUUGGCGAGAUCCUGCGACUCCUGGCAGGGAUCCUGCACGCCGGCAACAUCGAGUUCAUGACGGCCGGAGGGGCGCAGAUCACGUCCAAGUCCGCUCUGAGUCGGACGGCAGAGCUUCUGGGCCUGAACCCGGAUCAACUGGCCGAGGUUCUCACGCACAGGUCCAUGAUCCUGAGGGGGGAGGAGAUCUCCACUCCCCUCACUGUUGAGCAGGCGGUGGACUCGAGAGACUCCAUGGCCAUGGCACUUUAUUCCCAGUGUUUCAACUGGAUCAUCCGCAAGCUCAACGAUCGCAUCAGAGGGAAAGAUGACUUCAAGUCCAUCAGCAUCCUCGAUAUCUUUGGAUUCGAAAACUUUGAGGUCAACCAUUUUGAGCAGUUCAACAUCAACUAUGCGAACGAAAAGCUUCAGGAAUAUUUCAACAAGCAUAUUUUCUCCCUGGAGCAAUUGGAGUACAACAAGGAAGGUUUGGUGUGGGCUAACAUCAACUGGAUGGACAACGGCGAGUGUUUGGACUUGAUCGAGAAGAAACUGGGCCUCCUGGCCCUGAUGAACGAGGAGAGUCACUUCCCCAAAGCUACGGACGACACACUGCUGGAGAAACUGCACAGUCAGCACUCGAAAAAUCCGUUUUACGUGAAGCCCCGCGUUGCCGUUCACUACUUUGGAGUUCGACAUUACGCAGGAGAGGUGGUGUACGAUGUGAGGGGAACGCUGGAGAAGAACCGAGACACUUUCCGAGACGACGUCCUCAACAUGCUUCGCGACAGCAGGUUGGAUUUUGUGUACGACCUUUUUGAACACGUGUUGAGUCGCAACAAGCAGGACACGCUGAAGAGCAGCUGCAAGCACCGAAGACCCACCGUCAGCUCGCACUUUAAGGACUCUUUGCACUCUCUGAUGGCAACACUCAGCACCUCCAACCCGUUCUUCAUACGAUGUAUCAAGCCAAACACACACAAGAUGCCUGACCGCUUUGACCCGGCGGUGGUUCUCAACCAGCUGAGGUAUUCCGGCAUGUUGGAGACGGUGAAGAUCCGACGUGCUGGCUUUCCUGUCCGCCGACCUUUCCAGGAGUUCUGCUGCCGAUACAAAGUUCUGAUGCGAAAUGAAUUGACAUCGAAUGACGCCAGGGAGCGCUGCGUGGAGCUGCUGCAACGCUAUGACGACAGUGCCACUGAUUGGCAAAUGGGGAAGACCAAGGUGUUCCUCAGGGAAGGCCUAGAGCAUCGUCUGGAGAAGCAGCGGGAGGUGGAGCUGCUCCGAGCCGCCAUGAUUAUCCGGGCGCACAUGGCCGGCUAUGUGGCUAGGAAGCAGUACCGACGGCUGGUGCGCUGCGCACUGGUCAUCCAGAAGAACUACCGUGCCUUCUACUGGCGCAGGAAGUUCCUGCUGCUGCGCCGGGCGGCGCUCACGCUGCAGACGCACCUGCGAGGUCACAUGGCCAGGCGCCUGGUGGGCCGCAUGCUGGAUGAGAGCAGGGCGAAGAGGAGGAGACAGGAGGAAGAGGAGAGGGAGAGACGGCGGCUGGAGGAGGAACAACUUGCUCAAGAGGCAUCAAGGAGGCGCGAGGAGCUGUGUCGAGCUGAAGAACUGGCCGCUCUCCUUCUGGUUCAGCCUCAGCUGGCCCAACACCACCAGUCAUCAGAAACCUUGACGUCAGCAGAGACCUUGGACGAGUCUUCAGACACCCUGAAGGUGUUCUCUGAGGCCUUAGAUGAGUCUUCUGAGACACUGAAGGUGUCUUCGGACCCCAUGGGGGUAGAGGAGGAAGAUGACGAAGCCAUCCGUCCUCAGGAGGCGUCUCAGGUGGAGGAGAUCCUGCGUCUGGAGCGGGAGAUCCAAUGCCUGCAGAUGAAGAAGGAGCGUCAGGAGCUUUCCCUGACUGAGGCAUCGCUGCUCCGCCUCCAGCUGCUGCGCGACCAGGAGCUGAAGAGACUGGAGGACGAGGCCUGCAAGGCGGCACAGCACUUCCUGCAGUCGCUCAACUUCGACGAGAUUGACGAGUGCGUUAGAAACAUCGAGAGCUCACUGGGCGUGGAUGCCGACGAUGAGAAGGAGAACGGGCGGCAGUCGGGUGGCAGCCAGGAAGAGGAUGUGGACGAAGGUUUCGGGGCGGACGACGAGGCCUUCAAGGACUCGCCCAACCCCAGCGAACACGGACACUCGGACGGCCAGCGCACCAGCGGCAUCCGAACAAGUGACGACUCCUCUGAGGAGGACCCGUACGCCAACGACGCUGUCAUCCCUCCCUUGCCACCCACCACCAUACUCCUGCAGUUGCCACCGCCACUCACCAUCGGCCCGUUGGAGCCCUUGUGCGAGCUCAUCCCACCGGAUGAGGAUUCAGACUACGAUCGGGAUGACUAUGAUGAGGGUGCCAUCGCGUCUAGCGGCAGCCUGGCCUUCUCCUACCCUCGCAGCGAGCAGUGGUCUCCCGACUGCCGCGGUUCCUCGGGAACCUACAACAGCUCCGGGGCGUACCGCUUCGGCUCAGAGGGGCCGCAGUCCUCGUUUGAGGACAGCGAGGAUGACUUUGACAGAUUGGAUACGGACGACGAGCUCUCGUACCGCCGAGACUCGGUCUACAGCUGUGUCACACUGCCCUACUUCCACAGCUUCCUGCACAUCAAAGGCGGCCUGAUGAACACGUGGAAGCGGCGCUGGUGCGUGCUGAAGGACGAGACCUUCCUGUGGUUCCGCGCCAAGCAGGAAGCGCUGAAGCAAGGCUGGCUGCACAAGAAAGGCGGGGGAUCCUCAACGCUGUCGCGCCGAAACUGGAAGCGACGCUGGUUCGUCCUCCGGCAGAGCAAACUCAUGUAUUUUGAAAACGACGGCGAGGACAAACUCAAAGGGGUGCUGGACAUGCACGCCGCCAACGAGGUGAUCGACAACGCCAACAAGGAAAACGGCAUCAACAUCGUCAUGCCGGAGAGAACGUACCACCUGGUGGCGGAGACUGCUGAAGACGCCAGCCAAUGGUUCAGCGUGCUGAGUCAGGUCCACGGUUCCACUGAGCAGGAAAUCGGUGAGAUGCACGACGAGCAGGCCAACCCGCAGAACGCCGUGGGUACCCUGGACGUGGGCACGAUCGACUCAGCGUGCGCGUCGGACAAUCCGGAGAGGCCCAACUCCUUCGUCAUCAUCACGGCCAACCGAGUGCUGCACUGCAACGCCGACACACCCGAGGAGAUGCACCACUGGAUCACGCUGCUGCAGCGCUCCAAGGGUGAUGCCCGAGUAGACGGACAGGAGUUCAUCAUACGAGGUUGGCUCCACAAGGAGCUCACGAGCAGCGGCGUCGGCGUGAGCGGCAAAGCUUCUCUGAAGCUGAAGAAGCGCUGGUUCCUCCUGACGCAUAAUUCUCUGGACUACUACAAGAGCUCAGAGCGCAACGCCCUCAAGUUGGGCACGCUGGUGCUCAACAAUUUGUGCUCGGUGGCGCCGCCCGACGACAGAGUCUUCAAAGACACUGGCUACUGGAACGUGAUCGUCUAUGGUCGCAAGCACUCGUAUCACCUCUACUUCAAACUCCUCAACGAGGCCACCCGCUGGGCCGCGGCUGUCCAGAACGUCAUUGAUGCCAAGGCGCCCAUCGACACGCCCACGCAGCAGCUAAUACUUCAAAUCAAGGAGAACAGCCUGAACACGGAGGUGGUGGAACAGAUCUACAAGAGGAACCCCAUCCUGCGAUACAGCCAACACCCGCUGCACUCACCACUUCUGCCGCUGCCCUACGGAGACAUCCACCUCGCUGCUGGCCCGAGGACGUGCGGCAGCCUGCAGGAGGAGGCGCUGGCGGCAUUCGCGCGCCUGCGGCAACUGGAAAACAUAGCUGACCCGGCGCCGGGCAUCGGGGCGCUCCUGCAAGCGUGCCGGGAGCCGCGUGCCCUUCGCGACGAGCUCUACUGCCAGCUGGUCAAGCAGACGGUGUUCCCGCCCGGGCCCCAUGCCCCCGCCAACCUUACCCGCUGGAAGGCGCUGGCAUGUGCCGCCUGCGCCUUCCUGCCCGGCAGGAGCGUCCUCGCCUACGUCCGCUUGCACCUCAAAAGGACCCGCGAGGCAUUCCCGAACACGGAGAUUGAGCGCUACGCCACCUUUGCGCUGGAUGCGCUGAAGAAGACGCGCGGGCGUGAGAACGUCCCGUCGCUGGAGGAGAUCCGGGCCGUGGUGGCGCGGCGGGACAUGAGCACCACUGUGCAUUGUCACGGCGGAGGCUGCUGCAAGAUCAUCAUCAAUUCGCAUACCACUGCCGGCGAGGUGGUGGAAAAGCUGCUGCGCGGUCUGGCCAUGGAGGACUGCAGGAACAUGUUUGCACUCUUCGAGCACAACGACAUUGUGGAGAAAGCCAUCGAGAAUCGCACAGUGGUCGCCGAUGUGCUUGCCAAGUUUGAAAAAUUGUCCUCCAGUCCAGAUGAGGGCACCACUGGCUGGAAGUUGUACUUCAAACUUUACUGCUUCCUGGACGUGGACAACGUUCCCCAAGACAGUGUGGAGUUUGCCUUCAUGUUUGAACAGGCUCACGAAGCAGUGAUCCGUGGUCAGUAUCCAGCUCCCGAGGAGACUCUCCAGUUCCUUUCAGCGUUGCGGCUUCAGUACCUUCUGGGAGACCAAAGCCCCCAGGCCCAAGUGCCGGACACAUCGCAGGUGUUCCCCAUGGCUCGCCUUCGAGCCCGCGUGCAAAACUCGGCACGGAGCUUCGCGUCGGGCAGCGAACUCUCGGGGACAUCGGAGCGAAAGCGUUCCAGCUUCCUGGAGGGAACGCUGAGGCGAAGCCUGCGCGGCGGCUCGCUCGGCCGGCGCCGUUCGGACGCCGAGAACGGGCUGGAAGCCUGGAUGAGAGAGGAGGUGGAGGCCGUCCGGACCGGCCUUCUGGACAAGUGGAGCAAGCUACGCGGCGUCACGCGGGAGCAGGCUAUGCGCAAGUACAUGGCGCUGGUCCGCGACUGGCCCGGCUACGGAUCCACACUCUUCAACGUGGAGUGUGGUGACGGCACGUUCCCAUCGGAGCUUUGGCUGGGCGUGAGCCGCGAAGCCGUCUCGGUGUACAAGCGAGGCGAGCCGUGGCCUCUGGAAGUUUUCCCCUACGAGCGCAUCCUGUCCUUUGGGGCACCGCUCGCCAACACCUACAAGAUCGCCGUGGACGGACGAGAACUCGUCUUUGAGACGCAAAUGGUGAUGGCCAUCGCCAAACUGAUGAAGGCGUACGUCAGCAUGAUGGUGAAGAAGCGCUACAGCAACUGUCAAUCGCUCAGCAGCCAUUGUGGCGCCUGGUGAGCCCUGAAAACUGGUCCCGGACUCAUCCGAUCCUUUUGGAUCACAUUGCCAGCACCACAAGAUUCCUGGUGCUCAGCUUUGCAGGCUGGUCCAAACACGACUUUGAGCUCCGUCAACCAAAAAGCGGCACAGGAUGAGAUUUUGAAAAUUAGCCUCUGCACCAGAAGGAGGCAGCACUCAGUUUUUCAACUUCAACAUCUGUUCCAAGAAAAUAUUAUUUUCCGUAUUUUUGGAACUUUAUGCUUAGCUUUACAAGCGGGUUUUCUUAGUGUAAGCGACUUUGAAAAGAAUGUAAACAAAAAGAUGUAAAUAAGCAGUUCUUGUCUUAAACAUUUCGGGUUUGCUGUUGAAUGUUCUGAUUGUUUGGCCGAGCAAGGGAAGGCCUCACAAGUGCCUAAACAAAAACAAAAAAAAAAAAAAACAACCACUGUGGUUCACAUGUGGUCCUUUUUAAACUGAGUUACAUUCCAUUUGAAUGGAGUUGCUAGGGCAACAUCAUCAAAGCACUUGCCGCUCCACCAUGACAUGCUAAUUCUAGCAGGCGCUAGCUAGCAGAUGUUGUCAUUUUAAAGCAGAUUUCUCAAAACUUUUAGUUCUGUUUUUUUUUUAACAAAGAACCCCUCCAAAACCAAAUGGGCAUCACAAUUGCCAUGGUAACAAAAAUAAAACAUGCAAAUAAACAGAUUAUCGGGAAUUUUUUAAAAAAUCUGUGAGGAAGGAAAUACACAAACGCCCAACAGCAAAAAUCUUGAGAGAUCCACUGUACUCUACUAAAUACCAAAGCAAAUCGCCUAUUUUCUUGGUGAAAAAAAAUAAUUUUUAAAUAAAGUGAAAAACGUGUAAAAACAGAAAAAUGAAUUUUAAAAGUCAGAAUGCUUUCAACAGCACAGAUGUCACUUAUUGGUGGCUCAAAUUGUAAUCAGAUAUGUCUGCAAAUAGCCUCACUUGAAAUAUUUGGUCCCACUGAAACAACUUCAAAAGUUCAAUGAAAGAUUGCAUUAAACAAAAGAUGGUAUUGAUGGCAAAUUAUUCAUUGGGCCCCAAAGUUGGGUCUCGUGCGCUCCCUAGUUGGGUCUCGUGGACACCAGUUUGAGAAAUCCGGCUGUCCAAAAAUAUGUCAACCAAAUUUUUGUUGAAAUCUACAUUCCUUUUUUGACUUGAAGAGCAUGUCGCCGUGGUUGCACACUGUCAACCGUGAGCAAGCGCAAAAUGAGCUUUUCUAAAAGUCGAGCUAUUUGGAAAGGUUCCGCCAAUACGUCAGCGGGCGGCAGGUCCAUCCAAAGACACACACACACACACUCACACACACAUACGAGUGCCUUCUUUGCUGUACAUGUUUUUGAUGUCAUGGUGCAAUGUUUCUCUAAAUCGUCUCGAAUGACUGUUGUACAUUUUCUUGCUUUUUUUUCUUUUUAUGCUCUCGUUUUGACAAUAAACUUUCUUCUCAAAA